AUGCAUGGCCCUGGAGCUGCAGCACCAGCCACGCCCCCUCCGCCUUUGAUUGACAGCCAACGGGGUGACGCCAUCAAUUUGCGACACUACCCGGCCGCAGUCACCAGGGCAACAGGAGAGAAGAUGGCGGAGACGGUGAGAGGGUGGUUAUGUAACAACUCAAAUCAGUGCAGCACUCGUCGUUGGGCAGUGGAGGGACUGGCCUAUCUGACCUUCGAUGCUGAUGUGAAGGAGGAGUUUGUGGAUGACCAAUCCGCAAUGCAGGCUAUGUUUGAACUGACAAAGACAGAAGAUAAAACUGCUCUCUUUGCAGUUGCUUCCACCCUUGUAAACUGCACGAACAGCUACGAUAAGGAGACUCCUGAUCCACAACUUCUGGAACUGGCCAAAUACGCCAAGCAGCAUGUGCCAGAGGAGCACCCCAAGGAUAAACCCAAGUAUGUGCAGAAACGGAUUGGAAAACUGCUGAAGGCAGGAGUGGUGUCGGCACUAGUGUGUAUGACAAAGAAGGAGAGUCCAGCCCUGACAGAUUCCUGCAAAGAGAUGAUUGCACGUGUGUUCCUAGCUCUGGUAGAGACUCCAGAGGAUCGUGGAAUUGUGGUAGCUCAGGGUGGAGGGAAGGCUCUGAUUCCUCUGGCAUCAGAAGGCACAGAAGUUGGCAAGACCAAGGCAGCCCAGGCUUUGGCAAAGAUAACAAUCACCUCAAAUCCUGAGAUUGCCUUCCCUGGAGAGAGGGUUUAUGAGGUAAUCCGACCGUUGGUCAGCCUUUUACAUCUUGACCGUACCGGGUUGCAGAACUUUGAGUCACUGAUGGCAUUAACCAAUUUGGCUGGUAUUAGUGAGAGACUGCGGCAGAAGAUUAUUAAGGAAAAAGCCAUUCCAAUGAUUGAGAGCUACAUGUUUGAAGACCAUGAGAUGAUCCGACUGGCAGCUACUGAGUGUAUGUGCAACAUGGUCCUGAGUGAGGAGGUGCAGAAUCUGUUCUUGGCCGAAGGGACAGAUCGUCUGAAACUGCUGGUGUUGUACAGUGGUGAAGAUGAUGAGAAGUUGAGGUGUGCAGCUGCAGGCGCUGUAGCCUUCUUAACAUCACUGCAGCCAAAACUCUGCACCAAAAUGACGCAGGUGACAAGCCACUGGUUGGAGAUCCUUCAAGCACUUGUGCUGAGCUCGAAUGUCGACCUGCAACACCGAGGGCUCGUCAUCACUCUCAACUUAAUAAAUGCAGAGCGGGAGCUUGCAGCUCUGCUCAUGGAGACGGAGAUGUUCGAAAUCUUGUCUGUUCUGAGCAGGGAUGGAGAUGAAAAGAAACGCAAGUUGUCAGCUGCUGCCCAGGAUUGUCUUACACAAGCAGUGGAGUACGGACUAAUAAAACCCACUGAGGAGGAGACCAGCCCUUAGUGAAGGCAAAUGCAGGACAUUCUAGAGACACAUGAACAAGCUUUCAGACAAGGAACACUCUCACUGUGUGAAACACUGCUCAUUGCUAAUGUUUGGGUGUUAAACAAUUCUGCACAAUGUUUUUAUAUAUGGCAGUCUGUUGGAUCUUUCAAUUACACUAGUUUAUUGUGAGGGGUACCAACGGGAUGUGGCACCUGUAAUAUAUAAUGAGGUAUUGAAAAAAUUUAAUUCAGUGUCAAAAUCCUUCAGGGAAAAGAGCUGUUAUGGUUCAGAAUAUUUAUCAUAGUUCCCUUGUGCUCACCUCUGCAGCAGAUGUUAGCUUUUACUCAUCCUGUGUAUAGUUGAACCCUCUGAUCCGUAGCCCCAGUGACCACUCGUUGAUUUUGUAGAUGGGGUCAGUCAGCAAACUAAUUGACUACAUAGGCUAUUGUAGACCAUGACCUUGACCUGCUUCUGGUCUGGCUGGGGAAGCUGGGAUAUUUUGAGCAGAAUAUUUCAGAGAUUUCUCAUUUAGGUCAUUGCAUUUUUAUUGCAUCCACUCAAUAUUUUACACAUUGUCAAUUUGGCUUAGCUUGUAACAUUUCAUUAUACUGGCUUUGAACUUCAAAUCACAAUGUGAUUAUCUAAUGUGCAUUGCCACUGAGGAGUUCAACAAGAGUCUUAGUGGAAAGAACUCGGACUAUGAUUCAUCUUUGGAGUCCAUCUGGGAGUCAAUAUCUGAAUUUCACAACAGAAGCUGCUCCAUAUGAAUAUUAAUCUUUUAAUGUGAAUGCAGACUUAGUAGCUUCCCAUAAACUAGUUGCCUCUAUGUGGUGAAAUGAUUAAUCUGUUUAAUUAUCAAAAUGAGCUUCAUCGACACUCUACGCCUUGCACAUUCACUGUUUUUCACAUCAUCAAUCUUUGUCUUUUAAUGUAACACAUCGGUAUUGAUGUCUUGUGUUCAAGUAACUAGAACUACUCAAAGUUUGGCCUGCGAGAUGUUGAUUAUGUCAGUUGCAGGCUAGUGUCUUUUAUAUUUAGGAUGAGAUGCAUGUGAAACAGACAGACAACAGCAGCUUGUUCAUCAGCAAGCCUAGUGGAUGGACCAACAGGGCUAAAUUGUUUUUCCCUUGCAUGACCUCUUGUCCAUUCCCCCAACCAAUCCGAAUCCAAAUGGGUCCAUGAAAUGGCAUGGACCUGGUCUCAACAAAGACAUUUCUGGAUAAUAUAGUGUGUAUUCCAGAGCGGAAUUAAUGCAACUCCUUCUUAAAGAUGUGUAGAAAUCAUUAGCUGUCCAACCAGAUGGCAACUCCUAAAUGUUUGCCCUUUAUUUGAAUUUGACUUGAUUUGCUGUUCUAUUGUCACAUGUACCUAGGUACAGGGAAAGGUUUUGCUUGUUGUACAGGCAGAUCAUAUCAUCAGAAGUCUGAUAACUGGGAGGAAGAAGCUGUUCUUGAAUCUGUUGGUAUGUGUGUUUAAGCAUUUGUACCUUCUGCCUGAUGGAAGAGGUUGGAAGAGAUAAUAAUGGGAGUGGGAGGGUUCUUUGAUUUUGUUGUCUGCCUUCCUAUGGCAGAGAGAAAUAUAGAUGGAGUCAAUGGAUGGUAGGUUGGAUUGCAUAAUGGACUUUAAUCUAUACAGGUUCAGUAUGUAUGGGAUUUCACUGAAUGUCAACUUGUUUACAGUCUGAAUUCAAUGCAUCCAAACAAUAACACAUAAUUCAAGGGUUUAAAAUUCUAUUAGUACAUCCAGCACAGCAGUGCAGGAAGUGGCUGAAUGACCUCACUUUGUGCUCAGAGUAAAUCAUGUUGUUGACAUUGUAUCACCAGGCAAGGGACUCAUCCAAUUAAACUUCAGGAAAGCUUUAAAAUUACUUGCGUCAGAAGAUUAAAGCACAGCAAAAGGCCCAUCAUGUAUAUGAAGAGGUAGUUUUACUAGAUUUUAGAUAUUUUCUAAUCACACUGUUCAGAUAUGUUAUUACACACCUUGAGUAGAUGCAACUUGAACCUGGGCCUCUUGACUCAGAGAUAGGGACACAAAACCUUGCCAAGAGCCCUCCUUUCACUAGUUUUUACAGCAAUUUAAAAAUCACUAUCAUUGUAUAUAUUGCCCAAAUUAACACAUUCCUUAGGAGGCAAAAUACUUUAAAGUAAUCAUAAGAAUUCAUAUGUUAUCCCGGUUCAAUUUGAUGAUCGUGCUCUGUAUGCAAUUCAACAUUUCUAUGUAUUGUACCAGAAUGUAUAUCCCUAUCACUCUUUUUACAAGUCUUGUUUAUUAUGCUGUAAAGUGCAAAGGUAACACAAUACACGACUUCUAUGUACAUUCCUUCUAGUAGAAAGUACUGCUACAAUUGUAUAAAUAAUCAGCAAUAAAGUCACUUUUUGCAGCA